UCUAUUCUCAACUCGACGUGUAUUUCAUAAAAGUUGGCCGUCAUCAGCCCUCAUUUUGUUAUAUUUGCAUAUUUUGUCGGCAAUUUUUAUGUGAUUUAUUAAAAAUGGCUAAGUUAGUCGAUAUUUACAAUUGCGAUAAAGAUCCCCUUAUAAAGCGGCGACAAUUGCCUUUAGUUAUUUACGAAAAUUUAACUAUGAUUAUGGAUUUAAAUACUAUGGGCCUAAUUUGUGACAAUCCGCAAGUUAAAGGUCGCGAGUAUGAAGAAUUUAUGCGCAAGUAUAGAAUUCUUACGACAGACGAAUUAAAAGCAGCGCUUAGGGUCGACGCCUCUGAUAUAUUUAACGUUUUAAACCAAAGCAUUCCUUGUGUUGGCUGUCGGAGAAGUGUUGAAAGACUUUUUUAUCAGCUUUGUAAAUCAGGACAUCCAACCUUAGACCCAUUAAUUAUUACACCUGAUGAAAUAAUGUCCAUUAAAGAGGAUAAAAUCACACAUCCACAGUCAUUGGCUACUUUAUUAAAUGGUCACAGUACGGGAUUAGAAUGCUUAUUACUCAGCCAACCUAGGUGGAAGAAAUCACAAAGGUGUACGCUUCAUUCUUUAGAAGCGGGUAGCGCACGAGGUUGGGGUGCAACAGUUGGUUGUGGUUGGGGCGGCCGGGCGGCUUGGAGAGCUGCUUGGGACGCAAUGAGAGCUUCCGCCAGGGAACAUGUCACCCUUGUCCAUUUUAACACUCUACACGAUACUCUUCACAAUUAUUUGAGGAAGCAUAGAUUUUGUGCAGAUUGUAAGACUAAGGUUUUGCGAGCUUAUCAGUUACUUGUUGAAGAAAAAGAACCUCAAAAGGAAAAGGGAUAUGUUGGUGCCUUAUAUGGGGGUAUAAAACGUUGUUUGUUAGACAAACACCUUCAUUUGGAAGCAAAGACAGAUUAUAUAGCACACCUUAUAGCCAGGGCAGAACCUGAACUGCUUGGUAACCACCGUGAACGGCAUGCCAAGACAUUAGAAAUAGCACAGGAAGAGGUGUUAAUUUGUCUGGGAAUAUGUAUAUACGAGCGACUCCAACGCAUAUCUUUAAGGUUGCGUGAAGAGGAAGGCACAUGCCAGGCUCUCGUUGCAGUUGGUAUCGAGGCACUCUAUCGAAAAUUUGAGACGGCUGUUGAGCUUAAAAGCGGAGUGUCCAAACUUCAAUUAUUAUAUGAUGAAAUAACACAAGAAGAACUAACAAGGCAACAGAGAAAGGAACAGAAAAAACUUAAACGGCGUAAGAAGAAGGAACGGCAAGCAGUUGAGAGCAAGUCCAAGGAAGGAGAUUCUGAGGAACCGGAAGAAAAGUGUGAAUGUGAAGAAUGCUUACUAGAAGAAAGAGACACUCCAAUGGAUCUCAUGUCGCCGGAUUGUAACCAGUGUUGUGACGUGAUGCAGUCGAAUGUGGAUAGCUGCCAGUCAUGUCAGGACGACUAUUGUUUACCCAAGAAAUCAAACGCAAAGUUUAUUAAAAAUAAUCUUUUGGCAAACUUUAGUCAUGACUGUGGAUAUUCGUCGGGUAAUAACGUUGGUUGUUGUGAAACAAUGUCUGGUUCUUCGUCACUUAUGAGUUCACCGGAAGGCUCUGAAGUGGCUUGUUCUGAAGGAUUCUGCAAUCACGAGAGAGGGGACUGUCUAGAUUUACCAAAACAUGAAAAAAUAUCUUGUUCCGGUUUCACACUUUCCUUGCAGGAAAUGCUGGAUACGUGUUCCUCAGACGAAGAACAAGAUACUUGUUACAUACCCAUAGAAGAAGUUCUGGAAUUCAAAUCACGAAGGAACAUCACUGAGAAACGCCAAGAACUGAGACAGAAUUUACGACAAAAGUUUGCACAGCUUUGUGUGAACACACCCCACUCACAUCCCAUGGCCUUACAGAGAAAAAACCAAGUCUAGUGUCGAUGAACUGUAACAUUCAAACUGCACUCGUAAACCUCAAACUGUAGCCGGAGUCCAACAAUCCCAAAAAAAAUAUAUUUAUUUAUAUUAUUAUAUAAUCCAAAAUAUUAUAUUAUUUUCCCGAUAUUUUAUUCAUAGAUGCAUGUUGAAAAACGAAGGAAGCUUUUAUACGAAAAGCCGUUCAUGAAAUUUCAUAUUGGUUGUAUACAUCAGCUUAAAAAUAGAAUUUUUAUUCCAGAUAUAGUUCCUGGUAAAUUCUUAAUUAAAAUAUUGACAUGUUGGAAAGUAUUUGAAAAAAGGUGCUUAUAGACUGUAUCAGUAGUAUUUUAUAGUAAUAGUCACAUACAUAUUAUAAAUCGUAGAAAAAAAACAGUGCAGGUUUGAAUGAUCGCGACUAUAGGAUAUUAUAUAGGACUGGAGAGAAACCAGCAUUUAACGAUUAUAUAUUAUAAAAAUGUUGAAAGCUUUGUAAUGAAAUAUAGUAGCAUUUUUGAUGAAGUAAUUUUUUUUUUCUUGCUUUAUGUGACUUAAUAUAUGUGGUACCAGAAUGUAAUAUUCCUGCUCUUUACAGCUGUGAUUAUCAGCAUAUUGUUGGGAGUUACCUUGGCUGAUUUGCCAUUGUUAUGAAAUCGAAAAACAUUUGUAACUCAGUUUUAAAUAUAUUAUCAAAACUAA